CUCAAGAGGAGGACGUUAAGGCAGAUGCAACUUGUGAAAGUCUUAGUUGGCAGGCAUGUACAACAGUUGAUUGUCCAAUUCGAGAGAAGCAACAGGUGCGACUAUUUCAACUGCUCCUGAGACACUGCAGAUCAAGCAAGACAACUGUAUGCGUGCUGCCAAUGGCUACGUCUCCCGGAUUGAAUGUACUGGCUGGCAAACAUUGAUCACAAGGUUUUCCUCUGUCGGAAAUGGGCAGGCUUUGGUGCUUCAAGGUGUGCGGACUGGCCCGAGAAGAGCCAAGAAACUCAAGGCAGUGGAGAACCGGGCUGCCAGGCUUCACUACCGCGAAAAAGUCAAGCAGGUUGUUUUUGCAGCGAAAGCAAAUCAGCGGAGUCAAGAAACCUCUCUUCGGUUUCAUUUGUUCCGCACUGAACAAAGAUUAAGCGAGGCUGAAAAGUUGAGAGGAAAGAAAACCCUGCAUCCGUUUGGAAAGCUUGAGAGGUUGAAGCUUGUACAUGUAUUGGAUUUGGUUGAAGGUCCGGCACAAGCUCACGCUGGCAACCGAUACUUGUGGGGACAGCUGGAGAAGUUGUUUUUCGUAAAUGCCAAAGUGCUGUCGAUGGGGGAGCUGGCACGUGUACUACAUGCUUUUGGUCUAAGACAUCUUGAAAAGCGGAGCCCUCCGCCUAUGCGCUUGCUGCACCUUGUGAUCUUCCCGGUGAGGAUUGAACAGAUUCUUUUCGAUGCGACUCUGACUUCAAGGCUUCCAGCCGCCUUCAAGAGGUUCAAAGCUGCUCUCUUGCGGAGCUUGCCUCAGUAGUGAGGGCCUUUGGCAUUUUCUCUGUGCGGGAGAUGAAGUUGCUGAACAGCUGCUCUGCCGCUCUUCGUACACUUUGUCGGCAGGACCAAGAUAUGUCAGAAAUUGAGCCGGAUCAUGUCAGCCGGCUUUGCGUGGGCCUAGCAGAGCUGAGGUGGCCUGACCAGACUGCGCUGCAGUUUGUGAUGCAGUUUGUUGUUGAGGCCUUAUCUGAGGCGAAGAAGACUGAUCCAAGGAAGAAAGUGAACCUCUUCCAGAUUCCAAAGUUUGAGCCUGAAGAGACUUUUCGCUACAUCACUCAGGAAGCUAUUGUACAUAUUUGCGAGGCUUUUGCUGCCUUGGAGGUUCAUUCAGAGCCACUUUUUCGGGCAGUGGUGCAAGACGUCCUGCAAGGUACUGACCGCAGGUCUCCACGUGCGUGGAAUUCGGGUGUACUCCUGGGGCGCCUUGCCUACAGCCUUGCAAGGCUUGGAGUUGUCCAUCCGGGCCUCACCACAUUAUGGCUGAGGGCUGUUCGUGCUGAAGAUCGUCGUACAUGUCAGCCCAAAGAUGCUGUCAGCAUUUUCGAGGUAGCAAAAGCUGCAAAUGUCUUGGGUGCUUUUCACAGAGAGCUACAUUUGCGCCUCGGCCGCCGAAUUCGUUCUUCAUUGCGUUUGAGUGCUGAAGAUGUGCACGUAAAUGUGCCACAGCUAGCUUUGACUGUGGCAGAGCUUUCAGAUGUAGCAAAUGCAGAACACCAACCACAACUGCCUGCCCGAAGAACACCUUCUGCAGAGCAGCUGGAGGUAGCGUUGCGCUGCCUUGCAGUGCUCUCUUGCGUUGAUCGUGCAGAUGCCUGGCCUGUGCUACAGGCAUCAUCAAAGUAUGCAUACCAGAUUCAAGGCCAGCCGGUGAGGGUUCUUCUGCCCUUCCUUUCACUCUGCUCGAGUUUGCUUCCAAAGGACGCUUGGCCAUGUUCAGCAAACAAAGUUUUUGCUCAGCUUGACCAGCAGAAGCCAGAGCUGGCGAGCACUGCCGAGCUACUAGAGAUCCAUCGCUGUAGUGCUCUGAUUGCAUCCCAGGAGAGCCUUCGCCUUCAAGUUCUUCGAUGUGGACAUUUUGACGAGCAUUGCCCCAUAUUGGCAAAAGCUCUGAGACAGCGUGUAUAUGGCAUCGUCGCAGGUUUUGCAGGUGAACAAUUUGGUGACUCACAACUGCGUGCGCUGUCAGACUAUGCCACAAUAGUUGAGGUGCUCCGCAAACAUUCUCCGGGUGCGGUGGGACGGGAGGAGGCUGAAUUGGCAGUGUCUGCUGGGCACACUCUUCGGGUCAGACUAGGUCAGAAGCCUGCAGUCAGCCUAGGAACUGCCGUUUCUUUGGCCCAAUGGCAUGCUUCGACUUCAGUUCCUGCUUUUGCUUCGGCUCGACACUCUUGUGAGAUAUUAUCAACAAAGGUGCAGCAUUUAGAAGGAUCGAGGCUGAGGCGUUCAAUCUUCGCAGCAUUGCAGGCCUCGCUUGGAUCGACAGGGUCUUUGUGGAUCCCAGUGCUUCGAGCCUUGGUGGCAGAGCUGCAAAGGAAGAUUUACCUUCAGCCAGCAGAGGAACUGCUGCGAUUGGCGGCUCACUUCUUGAAGGCCACCAGAGCACGGGGUAAAGUCCUGGGUAAAGCUCGCAAGCAGCUCCAGUGUCGAGCAAAGCUGCCAGAGCCAGUGCUCCUUGGCCGGACAGGUGCGCACAUUGUGGUUUGCAGACUGCUUAAGGAACCGGCGUUACUCUCCCAGGUCUCUGCUGCAGCUCUGAAGGAGGCAUUGGCUCUCGCCAUGAAGAUGAAGGCGAAGAGGUCAAGAAAGCCUAACCAGAGAUUGCGCGCUGAAUCAUCGACUCCCCAUCCUGCCCUGCUUCCAGACAAUGUGCCGUGGAUGGUGACGCCUGUGUCAGCAAAGGUCGAACAUGGCCUCCUCCCUCUUGGCCAAGCUGGAUGUUUUCUUAGACGCUGUGCCUGCCUCCACCAGAAGAUGUGUUUCAGCUUCAUCAAGAGCUUGCAUUAUCAGGUCGCCUUUCGGACAACUUCAUUGGAAACCGCUGGUGAGCAGACGCAGCAA